AUGGAAUGUUCUCAACUCAUUUUCCGUUGUACUUUUUCACCGCAGAAUGGAAAUACCUCGCUUGCGGUACGACUAGCGGAGAGUAGGAGCGAGGCGGUACAACGGCUGGUGCUCAUUAGUGGAGGCGCGCCAAUACCGUUGGAAUAUGAGUGCAGCAUCUUUGGAAUUAACCCCGCCUGUCUCUCCCUCCUCACACCCUGCAUUCGACUCGGCUUUCAGAGGCAAAGAAGUCCGUCGAGCAGUCCAAACCCUGAAGGCGGGCACCGCUCAAUUGCAGCUUUUGAGGAUCAAAAGGCAGCCUUUCAGUUCAACGCAUAUACCUUGUGGGCCACAAUGGCCGGACAAAAGUGGCCAGAGGGUGAUCGACACUUCUAUUCCCGUCUUCGUGUUCCCGUCCUCCUCAUUUGUGGCAGUCAUGAUCGAUUGGUCUCCGAGGCGGAGGAAGAGGAGACCCUGUUUAGUCUCCGCUGCGCACAGUUGCGUCGACUACCAAAAGCUGGUCACAUGGGGAUGCUAGAGGAUCCAAAUCGGGUUAACGAAUUCAUCGAAGAGCAUAUAACCAACCCUCCACAUCCCUUCGGUCUUUCCAAACGGAACCAGUCUUGUACACCUGACAGUGUUCCGAAAACACCAAUCACCACUCAGCCAAACUAUGAUAUAUGCCUUGAUGAUAUCAUGAGUACCAUUGAGUAUUCGAGGAAGAAAAGUGGCAGUUACGGAGUGGAUACAGGUGCUGAAUCACCUGGCAUUAUCAGUGUUAAUGUAGGCGCAUUACAUGGCGUCCACGAGGCUCGCUUUACUAAGGCACAAGGUGACACCAACUUUUCGUCGGAAUCCUCGGGUGUUUCCCCCUGCAAAAAGCAAGUUUCUAUUGCUUACUUUCUCAUUCUGGCAGAUGCUUUGCGUUACUGCUUUGAGGUCAGGGAGACUGGCGCUUCGGAGUCAUGUCGUGUGUGUGAAAAGGCUUUUGAUGAGGAUCUAAUUACUAUUAACGAAAAAUGGAACAGUGAUACUAAGUUGGGGCGCGAGUAUUACUACGUUGAACAUUUCAAUAGGAAAAUUGCUGAACUUCUGCAAAAACGUGAGGAAUAUGAUAAGAAGGAGGCUCAACGCAUGGAAAUACUGAAAGCAAAACUAUUGUCCGUUGAAGGUUGUGACAAACAAAUGGUAACACGUGAAAACAUUGAUGAACGUCUUGAUGAAAUCAUGUCCUCGCCUCCUGUUCAGUUCAACUACUCUGUUUCCGAACGCGGGAAGACCAUCCACCCAGAAAGUCUCGGUGACCUCCCCUCGUAA